UCUUCUCACUCGUCGGCACUUCGGCAGUUUUUCCAGUUGAUUUUUAACAGUUCACACACGCGUCUCUUUCAUCAUGGCAUCCACAGUUGAAGUCGGCGUUUCUGCUCUCGUUUACGAUUAUUUAUUAAAAAAAGAUGCGUCCCUCGCAAAUAUAUUUCAACAAAAAACAAAGGCGCCGUCACUACCGAAGGGAUCGCCAACAAUAGUCGAUGUCGUGACGCACUAUCAAAAGAGUGCUCCAAAAAAAUUGGUCAUCAAGUCACUGAAAAAAGAGAGCAGUCCCGAUUCAAGUUCAGAGAGUGAUGACGAUGACGAGACAUCAUCGCCAAUCAAGGCAAAACCACAAUUAAAUGGAAAAGCCCCAACAAAAACAUCAGCCCCCAAAAAGGCUUCAAGUUCCGAUGACGACGAUUCAUCCUCAAGCGAAGAGGAAACAGCGUCGCCGGCGAAAAAAUCCCCCCUCAAAGUCUCCGUCGUGACACCCGCAAAAUCAGCGAAAUCCACAGAAAACAAAUCUAAAGCAGCGCCGGCGAAGAAAGAAUCAAGUUCAGACGACGAUUCAUCUUCAGACGAUGAACCAAAAACACCCGUGGCUCCAAAAACCGUCCCCCAAACACCGAAGGGAAAGAAGGAAGUGAAACCCGUCGCAAAGAAGGAAAGCAGUUCCGAUGACAGUUCGUCGGAGGAAGAGGCGCCGAAGAAAGUCGUCGCCAAGGUGGAAAAUCCAAAGGCGAAACAAAUCGUGAAGAAGAAGGAAAGUUCUUCUGAUUCUGAUUCCGAAGAUUCCGAUGACGAGGCGAAAAAGGCGAAAUUGAAGAAAGGAGCCGCGGCCCUAGCGGCAGCAGCGCCUAAAAUUCCCGCCAAAAAGAAGGAAUCUUCCUCGGAUUCAAGUUCCGAAGAAGAGGCGCCGAAGAAACAACAAAAAGUCGUCGCCGUAAAACCGGUCGCGAAGAAAGAAUCUUCCUCCGAAUCGUCUUCUGAAGAAGAAGAAGAAAAGCCUAAAGCUGCCCCAGUGCAGAAAACUCCUCUGAAGAAACCAGUCGCCAAAAAGGAAUCUUCAUCCUCCGAAGACAGCGACGAAGAAGAGGCGAAACCCCCAGCGAAGAAACAAUCACCUAAAAAAGCACCGUCACCGAAAAAAUCCCUAGCACCGGUUAAAAUUCCCCUAAAAGCAGCGUCGUCCUCAUCAUCAGACGAUGAUUCCGAAGAGGAGAAAAAAGUAGUCACCAAGAAACCGACUGCAACACCUGCGAAAAAAGAAGAAGAAUCAUCAUCAGACAGUUCUGAGGAUGAAGAACCAAAAGUAACGACGAAAACGCCAGUGAAGGUGCAGAAGAAAAAGGAAUCGUCAUCGAGUGAUGAUAGUAGUGAUGAGGAGGAGAAACCGGUGAAGAAGGCAGCGGUGGUUGUCGAGAAGAAGAAGAAGAAGGAAUCUUCGAGUGAGGAUAGCGAUGAGGAGGAAGAGAAGCCCAAGAAGAAGAAGAAGAAUAAGGAGGUUGUUGAGAAUGAAAAAUCAGAGGAUGAAAAGUCAAAGGGAAAAGGAAAAUCGUUGAAGAGAAAACAUGAGGAUAAUGAGGAGAAUGGCGGUGAGGAGGAGGAGGAGGGUAUUGCUCCCGCUAAGACGCCGAAGAAUAAUUAUAGUAAUUUUGUCAAGGCCGGACACAACAGUGAUAAGAAAAACACACCAUUCCGUCGUGUUAAGGACGAAGAUGUUGAUGUGUCUCCGAAUUUGGCAAACAAUUCAUUCGAGGCAAAGGACGAGAGUCCGGCGACGAAUGGCCGGGGGGGCGGCGGAGGCUUUAGGGGCGGUCGCGGCGGUUUCCGCGGCGGAAGGGACAAUGAUCGUGGCGGUUAUCGCGGCGGCUUCCGCGGAGGACGUGGCGGCGAUCGCGGUGGCUUCCGAGGUGGACGAGGAGGUGAUCGCGGCGGCUUCCGCGGUGGACGUGGAGGCGAUCGCGGCGGCGGUUUCGAGGGCAGAAGGUCGUGGGGCGGAAGGGAGGACGGCGGAAAUAAUAGAGACGGUGGCGAGGGUGGGCCAAGGAAGUCGUGGGGCGGCGAUGGUGAGCGUGGUGGAGGUUUCCGAGGAGGAAGAGGCGGCAGGGGCGGUGGCAGUUUCCGCGGUGAUCGCGGAGGUGGCAAUUUCCAGCGGAAAUCGUUUAACGCCGAUUCGCCAGCUCAAAAUAAGAAAAUUACGUUCGACGAAUAAUUAAUUUUUGAAAAAUAAUGACGAGAGAG